AUGGAACCCUCGUCCAUUGCCGGAAUCCUCGAGGACCCUUUCCACACGACAGCUCAUGGUCCAUCUCCGCUUGCGCCCACCCUUGGUCUGCCCGAUAAUCACUCACGAAGCCACAUGGCCAUGGGCACGAACUUCUACCGCCUCUUUGCCAACGACCUUAGGCGCUGGGUCCUCGCCACCAUGUCCCCAUCCAACCCAGGCUACCAUGUCCCAUCUGAUGCGAAGAUUCAGCAUCACGCGCGCUGGAUUAUAUAUGAAUCUGAUGAUCCGUGGAACCAAACCGCUGCGGAUCACCCUGAGUGGCUGUGGCGGUUUAAGAAAGAUGUUGGUAUCGUCGGUACUGAAGAUCCCACCGGAACCAUGGGGCUCCUGAAGCUGUAG